AUGAAGUACGUGCUGGUCACUGGCGGGGUGGUGAGUGGGCUCGGAAAGGGCGUCACGGCCAGCAGCAUCGGCGUCGUCCUCAAGGCGUGCGGCCUCCGCAUUACGUCCAUUAAGAUAGAUCCUUACCUUAAUACGGAUGCUGGGACUAUGUCGCCCUUUGAACAUGGUGAAGUGUUUGUGUUAGAUGAUGGUGGUGAGGUCGACUUGGAUCUUGGGAAUUAUGAGAGAUUUCUUGAUAUUAAACUGACCCGGGACAAUAAUAUAACCACUGGAAAGAUCUACCAAUCUGUCAUUGACAAGGAGAGGAAAGGGGAAUACUUGGGAAAGACUGUGCAGGUUGUACCACACAUCACAAAUGCCAUACAAGACUGGAUCGAGCGUGUUGCGAUGAUACCAGUGGAUGGGAAAGACGGACCAGCCGAUGUCUGUGUGAUAGAGCUGGGGGGGACAAUUGGUGAUAUUGAAUCUAUGCCAUUUAUUGAAGCUUUGGGCCAGUUCUCUUAUCGAGUUGGUCCUGGUAACUUCUGUCUGGUGCACGUGAGUCUUGUUCCAGUUCUGAAUGUUGUUGGUGAACAGAAAACUAAGCCAACUCAACACAGUGUGCGUGGUUUAAGGGGACUUGGGCUCACCCCAAAUAUUUUAGCUUGUCGCAGUACUAAGGAACUGGAAGAAAAUGUGAAAGAGAAACUGUCUCAGUUCUGCCAUGUGCCUGCAGCUAACAUUGUCACUCUGUAUGAUGUUUCCAAUAUUUGGCGUAUUCCUUUGCUGCUACGGGACCAAAAAACACAUGAAGCUAUUCUUAAAGUUCUGAACCUUGAAAGCUUUCCUCGUGAGCCCAAGUUGGACGAAUGGGUCACAAGAGCUACUGUAUUUGACGCCCUUCAGGAUACUGUGAGGAUUGCUAUGGUUGGGAAGUACACUGGCCUAUCUGAUUCAUACCUCUCCGUCUUGAAAGCCCUCUUGCAUGCUUCAGUUGAAUGCCGCCGGAAGCUUGUUGUUGAUUGGGUUGCUUCUACAGAUCUUGAGGACUCCACCAAAAUUGAGGCACCUGGUGCUUAUGAAGCAGCAUGGAAUUUAUUGAAGGGUGCUGAUGGUGUUUUAGUACCUGGUGGCUUUGGAGACAGAGGUGUCCAAGGAAAAAUCCUGGCUGCUAAGUAUGCCCGUGAAAAUGAUGUAGCAUAUCUUGGUAUAUGUCUUGGAAUGCAGAUGGCUGUUGUAGAGUUUGCUCGGAAUGUCAUGAAUCUCUCUGAUGCAAACAGCACUGAAUUUGAUCCCAAUGCCAAGACCCCAUGUGUUAUUUUUAUGCCUGAGGGUUCUAAAACACAUAUGGGUGGCACAAUGCGCCUAGGAUCAAGGAGGACUUUUUUCAAAGUUGCUGGCUGCAAGUCUGCUAAAUUGUAUGGCAAUGUGGAUUACAUAGAUGAGAGGCACCGCCACAGAUAUGAGGUGAAUCCUGAUAUGGUGCUUGAGUUUGAAAACGCAGGACUUCAAUUUGUUGGCAAAGAUGAGAGUGACAGGAGAAUGGAGAUAAUCGAAAUACCCAAUCACCGAUAUUUUGUUGGUGCACAAUUUCAUCCGGAAUUCAAGUCAAGACCUUCAAAACCAUCUCCCCUAUUUGUGGGGCUAAUCGCCGCCGCAUCUGGGCAAUUGGACAAGGUGCUACAGGGCUGCUCCAGUGACCAUGCCAUUCCUGCUAAGCAUCAUCUGAGCAAUGGUCCAUAUGUGCCUACCACUGUACAACAAAACGGGCACCCAAAGAAGCUUGCAAAUGGUCUAUCAAAUGGAACAUACUAUGUCAAUGGGAAUGGUGUCCAUGCCUAG